AUGGAAGACGAUGCUGAUGCCUACCUUCGGCGGGUGUCUCAACUGAAGCGGAAACACUUCAGAAAGGAUUCUGUCACUGCAUAUCAUCCCACGCCGGUGGAGGUGGAAACAGCCGACACCAGACCUAUACAUACCGUGGCUCGAAGGCUACCAAUGAAGAAACGAAAGCGGAUGUGUGAUGAUGAUGAAUUUGACGUUAUUUCUCUUGUGAGGGACGCUGUCAAUGUUUCUUCUGGUGGAGUUUUUGUCGCGGAUAUUCCUUCUACCGGUCCAUUGGUUGGUUGUAGUGGUGAUAGAAAAGUAUUGCAACAACCGGUGAAAAUUACGCUGAUGGAAAAGUGGUUUCCUGGGAGGACGUUGCAGAAUGCGACUCUGGACCCUGCCCAAGCACCACUGUACCAGUACACGGAAGUGUCGACGAAGCGAAUGAAGGAUGCCCGAGAGCGUUUUGUUUCCUUAAAAGCCGGGGUGGAGGAUGCGUUGAAGUACUCUUUUGUGGGCGAGUGCACUAAUUUUGACGAAGUUGUCUCCAGAAUGACCAAAGAGAGUUGGAUUGAGCUUCGCAACACCCUAUUUCAAAUAUCGUCGCGUGCUUCCUUGCGAAGGAAAAAGGGUGCAGUGAGGGCCAUGAAGUACAUUUUGUCAACAAAUGUUGGGGAACAUGUGCCGAAAUCCUCAAUUUUGCGGCACUGGAACGAAUAUCUUUUGAUUCAUGGCCCAGAACAGGGAUUCCAGCCUACCCUUUCGCUUUUCGUUUGGGUCGAAAGUGCGGGCAUUACCGCUCUCUUCACUGCCGUCGUUAGCCGCGCACUAAAAUUGUUUAAGCAAGGCAAAAAACCAAUGGCGUACUCGUUUUAUGAUGCUCAGGAGGAGUCUGAGCCCAGUUGUUGUGAUGAGGCUGCUACAAGUGAAGAAGACGAGUGCGUUGACAGCGGCGAGGUGCUUUCUUGUGAAGGGAGCGUUGAAAAAUCGGCAAAGGAGAGUGAACCGAUCGCAGUGGGGACUGGGGAAGGAAACGAUAAUAAUUUAGUGAGGCCGCCUUCCCUAGUGGAGCGCCUUCCUCGACUCGGCGGCUGUUCAGAAGAUGUAAUAUCGCUUCUUUCGUUCUUGCGCGUAUUAAUGCCAGUGGACUAUCUGGACGAGGAUGGGAGGAUGAUUGGUCGUUCCGCUGGUUACGGCGUUUGGUUGUAUGCCUGCUUGACCGCUGUUGACACACCCUUUGACCCGGACUUGGACCGACUUGUUCAUGAGUUUUUCCGUACUUGUUGCUUACAAUUACGGGUACUCGGGGAGGCACACAACGUCCGCGGAGAUGAUCGUGGGGCGAUACUGAAAGUUUUCCCAUCCCGCAAAGAUGACCCCCCUCAGUCGUCACAAUACAACUCCCUUGGUGAUGUGAGGAAGGAGGAUGUGUUGGCACUCCACACCAUUAUCGUUGUGCUAGCCAAGUUAUUCCGCCUAAAUGGUAAUCGUUUGGUUCCGCUGUAA